GAAAACAUUUUCCCGCCACAUCAGCGUGUAAAAUGCCCGCUAAAUCCCCACUCAGAAAAUUAACAGGUUGCAGAAGCCAAAACACACACACACACACACCAAAACCCCAACCCUCACACACGAACACCUUCAGUUCGUGAAAAUGGCGGAUUCAGAUUCCCCCAUACCCCCUUCGCCGGCGCCGUUUGCAAACCCUAACCCUAAGAUUAUCCCCAAUUCCAGCCGCAGUUCAAAGAACACCAUCCAUAUUGGGGGAAUUCCGGUGGAGUUCCCGUACCAGCCGUACGGAACUCAAUUGGCGUUUAUGAAUCGAGUGAUAUCGACACUCGAUCGUUCUCAGAGGGAAGGUCACUGCCACGCGCUGCUAGAGUCCCCUACUGGAACGGGGAAAUCGCUAUCGCUGCUCUGCUCCACCAUAGCUUGGCAGCAGAAUCAGAAGUCGAAGAAUAUUCGCGGGAACCUAAACCAUUCGAGCUUUAAGCCUAAUCCCGAGGCUGUCACGGACCCGAUUAAUCAUGGCGGUGGUUUCAUUCCCGAGACUCAGCCAUCAGGGAAUCCAUCAAUACCUCCGUCUGCAACCACCAGUGGUAAGAAGGAGAAGCUAAAAUCGGCUCCGACCAUCUUUUAUUCGUCGCGGACUCAUUCACAAAUCAGUCAAGUGAUUCGAGAGUACAAGAAAACCUCUUACCGGGUUCCCAUGGCAGUUUUGGGAUCAAGGAAACAUUAUUGUACAAAUCCAUACUUACGUGGUGAAGAUAAAGUUGAUGAGCAAUGCAAGUUGCUUUUGAAGAAUAAAGAAGAUACCUGCCCAGAAUUCAAGAAUGUUCAUAAAGUCAAAUCUCAUCCCUCUCUUCAAAAAGGAGGCUGUCAUGAGGUUCACGAUAUUGAAGACCUUGUCAAAGUUGGGCAAGUAGUCAAAGGUUGUUCGUAUUUUGCAGCACGUUCUAUGGCACAAGAAUCAGAAUUAGUCUUUUGCCCAUAUAACUACAUUAUCAAUCCAGUCAUCCGGGCUGCAAUGGAAAUUGAUAUUAGUGGGAGCAUUAUCAUUCUCGACGAAGCACACAAUAUAGAAGAUAUAGCUCGUGAUGCUGGUAGUAUUGAUCUUGAUGAAGAAGUUUUGAUCUAUUUGCAGACAGAACUAGGGCAGUUGAGCCUCAAUGAUGGCAUGACUUACCAACCGUUGUUUGAGAUGAUACAGGACAUCUUAAGUUGGAUUGGCAGCAGAAAAAAUACCUUAGUAAAGCGUGAAUUUCAACGAUAUUUCUAUUGUUGGACUGGAAAUAAGGCUUUAACGGAGCUAAGGGAAGCUAAUAUAUCACUACAGAGUUUCCCGAUCCUGCAAGAAUGUGCUAAAAAGGCAAUCAAAGCUGCUUCAGAAGCUGAACCAGAUAUUGCUCAUUUAAGUGGACUCGCAGCAACUACACUGGAAGGAUUGUUCUCUUCACUCAGUUAUUUCUUCUCUGGGAACGGCAUCCAUGCCAAUGACUAUGAAUUAGCAUUACAAAGAUUUGUGAAGAAAGAUGAAGGAAAUGCUGCAGGUGGUUGGACAACCACAUUCAACUUGUGGUGCCUCAAUCCAGCUGUUGUUUUCAAAAGCAUUGCUGAAUCAUCUCAAUCCGUGAUUCUAACUUCAGGGACCCUAUCACCCCUGAAUACUUUCUCAUCUGAACUAGGGGUUCAGUUUGGCACUUGUCUAGAAGCUCCACAUGUCGUAGAUGUUGAUUCACAGAUAUGGGCAGCUGCAAUUUCCAAUGGUCCUGGUAACUAUCCAUUGAAUGCAAGUUACAAGACUUCAGAUGAAUAUGCUUUCCAGGACUCCGUUGGUGCAUCGUUGGAGGAAAUAUGCAAGGUCGUUCCUGGUGGUUGCCUAGCUUUCUUUCCUAGCUACAAGCUGCUGGAUAAAGUAAGCACUCGGUGGCAAGAAACUGGUUUAUGGUCUCGACUAAAUGCUCAAAAGUCCCUUUUUGUUGGUAAGGUUCAUAUCCUUAAUGCGGACACAAUUACAAGAAUGGAUCUCUACUUUUUACGCAUUAUGAUGUAUAACUGCUUUUUUUCUUCGUCUUUUGAUCCUGAACAUACUGAUCAAUUGUUGUUCUUCCUUUUCUUUUGUCUGAUUUUGUUUGGUAUAGAACCGAGAGGAAGCAGUCAAGAGUCUUUCGAGGCUGUUUUAAAGGGUUAUUAUAAUACAAUUUCUCAUGGCGCAAGGCAGGUGAGUGGAAAAAAAGCACGGGGUAAAAAGCUGGGACUCAAAAAGGACAACUCAGUGGAAUCUACAAAAGAUACUAAGAAAAAAGGUGCUGCCUUUUUGGCUGUUUGUCGAGGCAAGGUAUCUGAAGGGAUGGACUUCUCAGAUGACAAUGCUCGAGCUGUUGUUAUUGUUGGGAUUCCCUUUCCGAACAUAUAUGACGUUAAAGUUGCACAGAAAAAGAAGUUUAACGAUGUACACGAGUCAUCAAAAAACCUCUUAAGUGGGAACGAGUGGUACUGUCAGCAAGCCUUCAGAGCUCUAAACCAGGCUGCAGGUCGUUGCAUACGCCACAGAUAUGACUAUGGAGCUAUCAUCUUCUUAGAUGAGCGGUUCCAUAAAGAGAGAAAUAGAGCACAUAUAUCAAAGUGGCUGCGCAAGUCGAUUAGGCUCUACAGCUGCUUUGAGGAAUCCAUUGACGGCUUGAAAUCGUUUUUCAGAGAUGUCAAGGUUCAUACGGGCAUAGCAGCAAAUCCAUCACUAGAUCAGAAGGAAGAGUGUGAAAUCAUCGAACCUGUGGAUAAGGGAAAUGUGACAAAGAAGAAACAUAAUAAUAAAACAACAAAAUCUACUAGUUACCAAAAAAAGGGAGAUUCAAAUCCUAUCUUAGUAGGUGAAAAAGCUGCUGGUUUGACCCAUCCAUCGAUUCCGGUUGCAAAAUAUGAUUCUCCGUCUACUCGAAUAAGAAGUGGGUUUACGUUAACAGAUGAUAAAGACGCUAGUGUUUGCACAGAGUACAUUGACCUAGAGUGUGAUUCUGAGAAGGACUCAAGGUGCUCCACAACACCUCGAGUGGCUUUGCUCCCAGAUGAUAUUGAACUCACCAGUGUUAAAGAAACACCUGAUAUGAACUGCAGAACCCCUGAAGCAACUCACGGGUUUGUUUCAAAGCAUGAUUACACAACUCCACAGACUAAUAAUCCGUUCACCGCUUUCCCUCAGCAUUCUUCAUUUCAUCGAAGAUCUCGCCACAAUUUAAAUGCUAGUCCAACUAAUUUCAUGUAUUCGGCAAUUGGCACUCCUAAAAUGGAAAUCGGAUCCAAAGCGGAGAGUAUCGAACCUGAAGCAGAAUCACCGUGGAGUGUCAAUUCUAAUGAUUGGAAGAGGAGAAAAGUUUUGUCGGCGGUUCAAGAUCUUGAUAGGGUAAGUUUUUCGGUUAGUUCAAUAACAACUGCAGAUGCAGCCCACGUAACCGAAGAGUGCAAAUUUAAAUCUUUUCCAUCAUCAAAGGCUGCAAAUUCUGAUGGAUCAAAUGGGCAUUCUGGUGUUAAUAACAUGGACGAAAAGCUACGAAUAUUCUGCUCACGUUGCAAAAAUCCAUUGGGCCUCCCCGAAAAUGAUUUAUUUGUUAUGUGCUCGAAAAGCUCAUCAUCAAAAGUUCAUUUAAUGUCUCUACAGCAAAAGAAUUUGGAAAAUGCGACUUUGAAUAAAGCAAGUGUUGAUGUUUUAGUGUCUGAUACAUCAUCGUUGGAUAAGCGUGUUUAUGGAGCAGCUCGAGAAGGUGCUUCUGGACAGGGGAUUUGGUGUAAAGAAGAUGGAUGUGUUUUCAACUCUAUCUUUUGUCCUUUCUGUGUCGAAUCGGAUAAUUGUCUUGGUGUUCAGAUUGUUGCGACUGAUGCAUCGAAUAUUAACUUUCAAAACAAGAUAUUAUUUUAUCUCGAUCGCUUGGAGAUUAAGAUCUUUGAAACAGAGAUUAAAAGUUUUGAAGGACCGAAAGAAAAGGUUUCAUCUCCAUAUUUCGACUCAAACAAGGCGAAAAAUGUGGGUCCCGCUGACUUCGAGAAAUUCGCAUAUAGUUCACCAACUCAGGAUUCAGGAGGCUGGAGGAACACGAGAUCACGGAUGCGUCUACCGAAGAAGGGUUAAAUUGCUUCUGCAGAAAAUCGAUACACGAAAGCUAGGUAUUGAUAGAUCAAUAAUAGAUACCACAUUUAUAUGCUUAAUUUGGUGAUAUUUGAAAUAAUGUUAAAAUUAUUGAGAGCAGUCUAUGAAGAUUGUUGAUUGGUCACCAGAUGUAAAUAAGGAUCAAACAAUCUCAUGAUUAGACAAAUUGCAUAUUUCUUACUUACACUAGGAAUUAUUUUCUUUUACUUUUUUUUUUGAAUUUUUGGUUCAUAAUUUUUAAUUAUGUAUAUUAUGUUGAA